UUCAAAAUCAUGGCCGCACCAUCACAACAGAGUGAUGACGGUGAUAGAAAACGUAAAGUUGUGGAGGAUAAAGAUGAUUGUGACAAUGAUGAAUGGAUUGGGCCUUUACCAACCGAGGCUGUAAAAAAGAGAAAACGCAAAGUUUUGGAAUUUCAAGAUGUUUACCUACAAAAUCUUCCAUCUGCUGAAGGUUACGAAAAGAGUUUCAUGCACCGUGAUGUCAUUACUCAUGUUGCAGUGUCAAAGACAAAGUUUAUCAUUACGGCCAGCUAUGAUGGACAUGUUAAAUUUUGGAAGAAGCAAGAUGAAGGGAUAGAAUUUGUAAAACAUUUUCGUGCACAUCUUGGUACAAUUGUUAGUAUAUGUAUGAGUGGUGAUGGAAUGCUACUAUGCACCAUCUCUGAAGACAAGACAUUAAAAGUGUUCGAUGUCAUCAACUUUGAUAUGAUCAACAUGAUAAGACUUCCCUAUAUUCCAAGUUGCUGCGAGUGGGUGUUUAAAUCUGGUGAUGCUAUUGGAGCCUUAGCGAUAUCUGAAAAGGACAAUGGUGUAAUCAAUGUGUAUGAUGGUCGUGGUGAUAAUAAACCUCUACAUACUUUAGACAGUCUCCAUUCAGCACCAAUUCUUUUUAUCAAGUACAAUCCUAUUUAUGAAGUUGCCGUUUCUGUUGACAAGCAAGGAAUGGUUGAAUAUUGGACGGGGCCAAAGAAGGACUUCAGUUUUCCAAAGAAUGUUGCGUUUGAGUUUAAAACCGACACAGACCUGUAUGAGUUUCUUAAGAGCAAAACCAUUCCUUUGAGUUUAAGCUUUUCACCAGAUGGCAAACAAUUUGCUACAAUUUCAAGAGAUAGAAAGAUCCGGAUAUUUAAAUUUUUAACAGGAAAAAUGACGAGAGUAAUUGAUGAGUCGUUAAAAACGUUCACAGAACUCCAGCAAAUGAAGCAACAGUUGCCAGAUAUGGAAUUCGGCAGGCGGAUGGCAGUUGAGAGGGACUUGCAGAAGUCUGAUUUCUUCUCCAAAGCAAAUAUAAUCUAUGAUGAAAGUGGUUACUUCAUUUUGUAUGCUACAAUGCUUGGGAUUAAAGUUAUUAAUUUGUACAAUAAUACAUGUUCACGGUUUAUAGGGAAGACCGAGAAUGUACGGUUCUUGCAGCUAGCUCUCUUCCAAGGGAACAUUAAGGAAAACAAAGCUGCACUGACGCUGGAGAUGAAAGCCUCCGACAACCCUGCCCUCCAAGGCAUGGAUGUUGACCCAACCCUCUUUUGCACCGGCUUCAAAAAGAAUAGAUUUUUCCUGUUUUCAAGAAGAGAACCAGACGACACUAAAAAUGUUAAUAAUGACAGAGAUGUCUUCAAUGAAAAACCAUCAAAGGAGGAACAAAUUGCAGCGUCUCAAUCGGACAUGUCUCUGAAGCUCUCCAACCUUGCUGUGAUGCACACUACGAUGGGGGAUGUCGCAGUAAACUUGUUCUCGAAGGAGUGUCCAAAGACAGUGGAGAAUUUCUGCGUUCAUGCUAAAAAUGGUUAUUACAAUGGACAUUUGUUUCAUCGGAUCAUUAAAGGUUUUAUGGUACAAACUGGAGAUCCAUUAGGAAAUGGAACUGGUGGAGAGUCGAUCUGGGGAGGUGAAUUUGAGGACGAGUUCCACCCCCGGCUGAAGCAUGAUAGACCAUACACCCUCAGCAUGGCAAAUGCAGGCCCUAAUACCAACGGGUCGCAGUUUUUCAUCACUGUAGCGCCUUGUACUUGGUUAGACAAUAAGCAUACAGUGUUUGGGCGUGUUACCAAAGGAAUGGAUGUAGUUCAAAAAAUGUCAGAGGUGAAGACAAACUCCAAGACAGAGAAACCAGUAGAGGACAUAAGGAUCAUCAACAUAGCUAUCAAAUGAAUCAUCCUGAAAUAUCUGAAGUGAAAAUCUCCAAGACAGAUGGAAGACAAAGGGACAUUAAAAUAGCCGUCAUAUGGUGCAACAUCAUUGUAUAAAUAAAUUCAACCAGAGGAUUAUUAUUAUUAUAGCUGUAUCAUAGCUAUAAAAUACUUAUACUGUUUUCUUGCUCGGCUGUCCCGAGGCAAAGCAACGUAACUGGUAAGAUAAGAUAAACUGUAUCAUCAUGACCACAAAAAUUGUUUUGAGCUGAUGGAGUUUGGCAAGGCAAAAUCAACUGGUUAUUGGUGUUUCAUAUCAAUAACUUUGCAAUAAACAAAUGGGUGUAAUUAAAAUUUUACAUAUAAUCACAAUGUUUAUAGAUAAACAAUCCUGCAAAAUUUCAAAAGGGUACAACAAUUUAUUGCCAAGUUGCAAACUUGCCACAGAACAGCCAUGCUUUCAACUAUUCAAACAAGAAGUGAGCCUAAUAAUAAAUGUAAUUUGUGGUUCCAGGAUACUAAAUUAAAAAUUUACCUAGGGCCUUUGAAACAAUGUACAGUACAUUAGUUGACAUUGCAUUACAGGCAGCCUAUCGGCAGAAUUACUAAUACUUGUCAAAUUUAUUGCAAUAAAUACAGGUCUCCCUUUUAAUAAAUAAAAACUGGGCUUUUCCUGGUCUUUAUUUAGAGAUAUGUACCUGUGAUUUACUAAUAUUUGGGUGUCAUAUGGCAUAAAAAGUACUUCAUACAACUGUACAUGCAAAAUAGUUCUGUAAACAUCUUUGUAAUAAACACAAUUUUUUAUAA